GCCAUUUAAAGUCAGCUGUGGAGGGUCAGCCUCUGUUUGCCAGAAUUCCAUUUUACAAACAUGAAUACGACUCAGUCGGUGGGGAAUGGGCAACAUCCUCCAGAGCACCCCAGGCCUUUCUUUUAUGUGCAGCCGCCACCACCACCACAGCCGCCUCCUCCCACUCACUUCCCUUAUCAGUGGCAUAUCCAGAAUAUGUAUAAUCCUUAUGGAUUCUUUCCCAGUUCAGGUUAUGGCUAUGGAUACCCAUUCUUGCCUCCUAAUCCAUACAUGGAAAUUCCAGGAUACAUCGUUCCUCAAGCUCAGUUGUACCCAGCUGAUUACAGACGAGUUCUUACUCCACAUAUUCCUCCUACCAUGGCUUACCAUGCCCGUAGAUUUCGCUAUCAACAAAACACACUACAUAGGGAAAUGAUGAGCUCAGAGGUUCAAACAGAGCCUUGCUCUGUAAUGAGAGAUUCUGAAAAUUCAAGAAGUACUGAUCUAGAACAGGGUGCAGGAUCUGAUUCAGGAUUAGGAGAAAGAGCAGCUCAAGCUUCUAAUUCUGGAACAAAUUCACAGUGUCCAAGUGCAAGACAAGAGGGAAGGGAGGAUGAAUUAGGCACUUCAAAGACCAGGAUGACAACACCCAGAAGCUACCUCUUCCAAAAGGAGGAAGUGCGCAUAGAAUGUCAAGAUAUGCCUUCUGCUCUCAAAAUCAUCCGGUCACGUGAGACCACAGCUGAACCACGUCCAAGUAGAGCUGAUGACUUGGUUCAUUGUGAUGUUUGGUCUGUAAGUUCAGCUGAAGGUGUUAUACCCUUGUAUAGUUCCUCAGUUCAUGAAGUUGGAGUAUUGCAUAACUCAAUUUGUCCAGAACAAAAUGAAGUGCAAUGCACUCCUACUUUCCCAGACAUUUUGCUCCUUGGCACAUCACAGUCGGACAGUUUGCCUGCCAUAUGCGACCAGCCACAAAGAGCACUGUGUGAUAAUCCUGAAAAAGAUGGCAAAAUGAUAAUGAAGGAGAACACUUCCUAUGGGAAAGGAAUUCAAAGGGAUUCGGGAGUAAAAGAAAUUUGCUUAGUUAAAAAUCUGAAAAAUGUUCGAUUCAAAAUUCUCAGGCUGCCUUUUGAAAGUAUUCACACUAGGGAAGGACAGAAGCAAAGUGAAUCUGUAUGGUCUGUUGAAACUCUAAUGCCUUACUAUCCACCAGCAGAUUGGCUGACUGAAAAAGGGACUGGGCCAGAUUCUGAAUGUUUUUCUAAAAGACACUCUCUUGAGAAGGUCCCAGAAAACAGAAUGAGCUCAACAGUUCCAGAUUCUCCCAUGCAUUGUAGUAGAAGGAAGUGCUGCAAAAUCUUAAAAUUGCCCUUUGUGACACAUUUGGAAUCACAAAGAGAUGAGUCUCAGUGGUCUGUUGAGUCUAUUGCUCCCUAUGUUCCCUCAUCCUGCUGGUUAGCAGAUUUUGGCAAUAUCUAUUACUAUAGUAAAUUACCACUGACAAAAGAAGGGUGUCCUAUGCCUUCGAGAACUGAUCCGAAAGGUGAGCUUCCAGUAGAACAAAAUGCUUCAGGAUGUCCUAAUGCUUCUCAUGCCUCAGUAAAUAGUUUUACAAGUAAGAAAAAAAGAUGUCUGCAUGUAGGAGAGACUGAUAUAAAAACAUGUAUGGAAGACAAAGCGUCCUCUCACAUUUUACAUGAAACUGGGAAAAUCGCAACUGAGAAAAUUAUGAAAAGAAACUGUGCCCAAUGUCAGUCAAAGUUAUAUCUACAUAAUUGCCAAAGGGUUAAAGCCAUUAAAGAUGUAAAUAUGGGCAAAAAGGUACUUCAUAGUGCUCAUGCUCUAUCGAAGUUGACAUGCACUUCCUGCAAAAAUGUAGCUGCAAAGGAAGCAAGAAAAAGCAUAAGUCCUGUUAUGAGCACUGAAGAAGAAGAAGAAACGGAUGAAAACAGUGUAGGUGAAGAGGACUCAAACAAUGAAAAGAAGUCUUGUAGAUCUUGUAAGAUGAAUGGCAGAAAAAGGGAAGCCCAACUAAAAGGACAGUCCGAGCUUUGUACUAAGCUUCCUGCCCAGAAAAAAAUGGAGAAAAACUCUUGCAGGGAGACAGGAUGCACGGUUUGUCACAAGGUACAAGGACAAAGCCACCCUGAUUUAGUAAUGGAAUGUUACGAGGAACAUACCAGCAGGCCGGAUGCAGGCUUUUAUAAAGAGCUAUACCAGAAGACUUAUCAGCAGAAAUCUCAGAUGCACAAACCACAAGCUAGACCUCCUAGAAGACGAGGCCAGUAUUGGCCAAUGAAUCAAAGACCUGGAAGAAAUUAUUAUGAUGGAAUGGAUGAGAGUUUUCACAGACCAUCAAGGGGCAGAGGUAAGAGAAGAGGGACAAGGUAUUGAAGGACAUUCACUGCUGCAAAAACACCAGAUUUACUUCACCCAUCACAAAAAAAACACCAUUUUGAAAAAAUUGUCUGGGAUAUAAGCACAGUCAAUCUUAUUGCAUAGAAUAUUCAAAUGUGUGUAACUUAUGUAAAUGACAGAGCCAUGGCACGAAUUUACGACUUUAGACAAAUUGGAUUAUUGCCUUUAAAGCUUAUCAGACUGUAUGCAGUUUCUGACAGUCUGUUACCUUGGGUCAGUCUCCUUGCAUAUACCCUGUUUGAUUUUGCAGAGGUGAUGGCAACAAUUGUGUUUUACGUCUUGUAAGCAUAUUAAAAUGACACAACUCAUUGUAUGUAGCAUCAGUCUAAAUUCUGGGUCUGCUUUGUCACACUUGGAGCACUACGUGUCGUGUACUACACUUUAGUUGAAGAAUAAAUUUGUUUUGCAAAAAGAAAAAAAAAAGAAAUUUGUACUUGAAUGAAUUAAAUGUGAUUGUGUUUUCCUUUUUUUUUAAUAGGAUAGAUUUGAAAUCUUGCACAGAUUUUUCCACAUGUGAAGUUAUUUGUAUAAAUGCAAGCCAUCACCAUAACCAAAUAUUCCAAUGCUUUUCUGAAGCACUGUGUGAAGUGGUGAACUGAUAAAUUCAGUUAAUAUUCUCUAUUCCAGUUUUGUGUAAGGAUCUAAACUUUUAAAGCCAAAUGACUUUCAGCUUGUUUUCUAUAUGAUGAUUCCUUCUGUUUGUCAGCCUGGAUUUAAUUCUUAAAAAUGAAC